CUACCUCAAUGUUUUACCACAGUGUCAUUAAUAACAGAGGUCACUGAACACACACAAACACACACUCUUUUGUGAAAUUUAAAUGUUCAUUUGCAUCUAUGACAUUUCCAUAAAUACAAAUAGAUAAAAUGAAAAAGGAAGUGAAGGAAAAGAAAGAGGGACGGGAGGACGCUUCAGCCUUCAGCAGAAAAACCACUGUGUACCUGCACAGGUUUUCCUCGGCGUAAGUUUGUCACCGCUCAGUCUGAAUCUCGUGUGAUAGGAAAAAAAUAAACCCAAACAUGUCUCAGCAUUUGCUGAUCAUACUGUUCACUUCAGGUUUGGUCCCAUUUUGUUCCUGCGGUAAUUACGAAUAUCACCUGAUAAAUAUGAAAAAGGAUUGGGAGACUGCUCAGCAGUACUGCAGGGAGAACUAUGUGGAUCUCGCCACCAUCAGCAACACUGAGGACACACAGCAGGUGGCGGCGGUCGUGGAAGCAGCCGGUGUGAACUCAGAGAUAUGGAUCGGUCUCAGGGAGACGGGGCCUGCGUCCUGGCUGUGGUCGACGUCAACGAGUCAAGGUGUGGAGAACUACACCAACUGGGCUGAGUCUCCUGCUCCCACACACCACUGUGGAGGCAUGAGGAGUGAUGGGAAAUGGCUCAGUGUGCUUUGUACAACAACGCUGCCCUUCGUCUGUCAGGGAGACGAAGCGUCUCGUGAGUUGUAUGUGGUCCUUCAAAACUCCACAUGGAGGCAGGCACAAGAUUACUGUCGACAGCAUCAUCAGGACUUGGCCAGCGCAGGGACCGAAGAACAAAAUCAAGCACUGCUACAAAUGCUGAAUCAGAGCGGGUCACCGUCCUUGGCCUGGAUGGGUUUGUUCAAGGACGAGUGGAAAUGGUCAGACCAGAGUAACGCCUCCUUCAGAUACUGGUCGUCAAGUCAGCCGAACAAUGAUGGAAAUUGUGCUUUGUAUACCAGGUACUCGAAAACCUGGUAUGACAGAGGGUGCACAUAUGCACAUCCCUUCCUCUGCUAUACAGCGAUUCCACAGACUGUGUGGACUGUGAGGAUGAAGAUUGAGUCUCACACACUCAUAGACUUAAAUGACCCCACUGUGACUGAAGCCAUGUUGACCCAAUUCCAAAGCAAGUUGGAAGGGGUCAAGCUUCAGUGGCGAGUCCAGCCGGACGGCAAGAUUUUCCACAAAGAAGAAGCGGAGUGUGACUCUAGCUCCUGUAACAAUGUUCCAUAA